CCAGACGCAGACGGCAUGGAUUGCCUGAGGCGGGCGAACCCGUUCCGCGCGUGCGCUGGGCUGCGGGUUCUGGGGUACGUCAUGCUGGCGCUCGUCGCUGCCAUCGUCGCCGCCUCCUACUACGCCGUCGUCGUCUACGCCUGGGGCCCACUGCUCCUACGCGGUGGCAGCAGAGGCUCCGUAGCCGCCGCCUCUCUCGUCCUCGCCGCCUUCCACCUCCUUCUUAUAAUGAUGCUAUGGUGCUACUUUAUGGUUGUUUUUACGAAUCCUGGAGCUGUACGAGGAAACUGGAGACAUGCUGCUGAAGAGGAUGGUAUGUAUCCGAACAAAAGUAGCACCAUAUCAGAUAAUGUUGCUACAGACUGUGCGAAUCGUCCAUCCACUUCAGAGGAGCAAGGACAUGCGCCUAGAUAUUGCUCUCGUUGUCAAAAUGGAAAACCUCCACGUUGCCAUCACUGUUCUGUCUGUGACAGAUGCGUACUGAAAAUGGAUCAUCACUGUGUUUGGGUAGUAAAUUGUGUCGGAGCAAGGAAUUACAAGUACUUUCUCCUUUUCCUGGUAGGAUUGGAACACUCAUUGGGAAAUUAA